UUACGUCUCGUACGUAACAGGAAGGCCGUAGCGGUUGGUUUUUGCUGAGUGUUGGCCUCGCCGUGCUGGGAGUGUGAGCUGCGCGUGUUACCGGCCACAACCGCAAAAUGGCGUCCGUGACAGAGAGGAAGCGACUGAGCGAGCUGCGCGUUAUCGACCUGCGGUCCGAGCUGAAACGGAGAGACCUGGACAGCACGGGGGUGAAGAACAUCCUCAUGCAGCGGCUGAAACAGGCAAUUGAGGAAGAAGGAGGUGAUCCUGAGAAUAUUGAAAUCACUGUCAAUGCUGAUACACCUUCAAAGAAACUAUCGAAAAGUAAAGGUAAAAAACAAGAUGCGGAUGAGUCUGGUUGUGAAGCUUCUGUGGAGGAAGAUUAUGUAAAGGAUAGUGAGCUGGAAUCUCAAGAUGUCAGUGAUCAAGACUGUAAUGAUGAUGAAGUAAUGGAGGAAAAUGAGGAAGGUUCUAGGUGUGUGAAAGUUCAGUCAACCGAGAAGAGUCGGUCUAAGUGGACAUCUAAAACUCAGGACUCUGAGAAAGAAACUGUUCUCCAGGAAAAUGACACUCAAGAAACACAUGCUGAUAAUGAUGACGUUGUAACACCAGAGGAGACCUCAGAGGAUGAAAUCAAAGAUGUAACAGGUUCUGGUGAUGGUACACAAGAAGUAUCUAAACCUCUUCAUUCAGAAGAGGACGGAUCUGGUCUGGCAGUAAAAGAAGAAAUGGAUGCUAACACAUCCCUGAAAGAAGCUGAUGACGAUAACGUAUCUGUCACAAUCCAGGCUGAAGAUGCGAUCACGAUAGAUUGUGAUGGGGAUGACCUCCUAGAAACAGGUAAAAAUGUGAAACUUGCAGAUUCUGAGGCAAGUAAGACAAAAGAUGGGCAAGAGAUGCACGACUCCAAGGAUGGCCUGGAAGAACAAAAAGACGUGAGAUCCGACAACCAUAAAGAUGACAAGAAGGAUGAGAGCGCAAAGGCAGAUGGAGUUAAGAAAGAAGCUAGAGAUGGCUCAAAGAAAGCUGAAUCUGGAGAUAAAGACAAGGAUUCUCAGAAGAAAGGGCCUUCCGCUACAGGGGCCUCUGGUCAAGCAAAGAGUUCUUCGAAGGACACAAAAGACAACAAGACCUCGUUGAAAGAUGAUAAAGGAAGUGCAAGUAGCAGCUCUACAAGAAAUCUAUGGGUCAGUGGGCUAUCUGCUAACACAAAAGCAGCUGAUCUGAAGAAUCUCUUUGGAAAGUAUGGAAAGGUUCUUAGUGCAAAGGUAGUUACUAAUGCACGAAGUCCAGGAGCUAAAUGCUAUGGGAUUGUAACUAUGUUAUCAAGUGGUGAGGUAUCUAGAUGCAUAGCUCACCUUCAUCGCACAGAGUUGCACGGUCAGCAGAUAUCUGUGGAGAAGGUAAAAAGUGACCCUUCAAAAAGAGAUGUAAAGAAAGAAGGUGACGAAAAAUCUGGAUCUGGCCGAACACCUGGAGAGAGAAAAUCCUCUGGAGGUGAUAAGAGCAAGACACAAAGUUCUGCUAAAAAAGAAGAUAAAAAAUUGGAUAAGCCAGAAAAAAGAGACGGCAAAGAUUCCAAGAAAGAUGUCAAAGAAGGCAACGAGACUGGAACCAAUAAAGAAACGCCUAAAAAGAAUGAAGAGCGAAAACGUACAAGUGGUAAGGGUCCUGGACAAAUGGUGGUUAUUGACCAAACAAAAGGAGAUCAGUUUGCUGGAAGGCCACCCAUGAGAAGAGGAAGAUUUGAUAACAAAAUGGCAAAUAGGGAUAGAUUUUUUCAAAACAAGAUGAAAUUCAGAGACUUCAGGGGCAAGAAAGAUAUCAUGACAUUUGAAAAAAUGAAGGCUCAAAGACUCAGAGAGAACGUUGAACGUCUUGAAAGAUUACAGCGGUACCAUAGAGCAGUGGAGCUGCGCAGGCGCAGGGAGUUGGCUGAGCGCGAACGCCGUGAGAGAGAGCGUGUGCGAAUGAUGCGUGAAAGAGAGGAACUUGACCGCUUACAGAGAGAGAGAGAGCGUCUAGAGAUAGAGAGACAGAAACUGGAGAGGGAAAGGAUGGAACGAGAGCGCCUGGAGCGUGAAAGGAUCCGCAUUGAGCAGGAACGCCGCAAAGAAGCAGAGCGCAUUGCCAGAGAACGAGAAGAAUUGCGUAGGCAACAAGAACAUCUUCGCUUUGAACAAGAGAAGAGAAACUCGUUGAAGCGGCCACGGGAUGUUGAUCACCGGCGAGAUGAUCCUUUCUGGAGUGAGAGCAAAAAAAUGACAAUGGACACAGAUUCCCGCUUCAGUCAUGGGUCUGAUUACAACAGACCACAGAACAGAUUCAAUGACUUUGAUCAUAGGGACAGAAAUCGGUACCCUGAGGGUUCAUCGGUAUCUACUUUUGAAAGACGUGAUCGCUUUGUCAAUCAAGGUGAUGCUAAAAAAGGCAGAACUGCUCCUCUGGACAGCUUUAACAAGAACUUCAGUGAUUCUAGAAGAAAUGAAGCUGUACAGCCCAGAAAUGAACCGCGAGACACAGACAGGAGGGACCGUGACGAAAGAAGAACAGUAGGGAUUGAAAGAACCGGCUCAAAUCGAAAUGAAGCCCAAGCCCAAGGUCAUGACAGAGGGAGAAUUGGCACUGCAGACAUCCCACAUGGUCGGAAUCCGAGAGAUUCUGGAGCCAAUCCAGCACGACCGAGCAACUGGAAGGCUGAAGCAGCAAUAUCUGCAGAUAAGCGCGAACCACGAGUCGAAAGGGCUGAUAGACCUGGACGAGAUGGCACUGGACCAUCUUCUAGAGGUCGUGGAGGUAAAUCUGGCUUCACAGGCAGAGAUGGAGAUCGAUCCGUUAUUGUUGGCGACAGAGGAAGUGGACCGCAUUUUAAUGAAGCAAGACAUGUUGUUGUGGAUCGCCAGGCACGAGAUGGAGUUCCAAGAAAAGACUGGCACGGUCCAAGUUCUCGUGGGAGUGGAUAUGAUAGACGAUUACCAGAAGGCCGCAGUGGAGGCAUGAUGGCUUCACAUUCCAGCAAUGCACCAAUCAGAGUUGUGCAGAUUCCCGGGGGAUCCAUGCAAAGAGGCGGUGGCUCAGGAUUCAAGUCAUUUAAGGGAGCACCUCCAAGAAGAUUUUGAGUCUUCUACUACUUGUUAAUGCGAAUGUAUUAAUUUCUUGUAAACUGUACUAAAUCCACCAGGACUAUUCCUUUUUUUUUUUUCAUUGACUGCCAUGGUCAGUGCAUAUAGCAUUUUUUUUUUUUUAAGCCAUUUUAAUUGUAUGUUCUACAGUAGAAGGAUUUUAAUGGUCGAAUUGAGUUAUCACAACUUCUUGACUCUUGCUCUGUUGGACAUCUUGUCACCAAAACACUUGGAUCUAUCUGGCCUAAAAUAAGCUGUUUUGCAGUUUAAUGUUGUUGGCCAUUGUGAAACAGUUGAAAUAAUGUUAAAUAGAAAUUAGACACCACAACUUGUGUUUUUUUCAAGUUCUAGAAUAGUCUUUUAACUCCUUUUGCAGUUUAAAUAAUGUGAAUUGCCUUCAAUUCUGUAGAUUCCUGCAUAUUUCUCCCCCCCUCAGUUUCUGGUAGGUAAUGUUACAAUGUGCUCCUUAUUUGUGAAUCCUGGCCAAUUUUGUUUUCUUAUUGAUGUCCUGUAUAAUUUUUAGGUGGUUUAAGUAAAUAAAAAAGUUUCACUUUUA